AUGCUUUUGCCUCCUGAGAUACGAAGAAUUCACCAGUGUUUCUCUACAGAAGUUAGUGCUAAAAGGGCCUCAAGUGGAAAAACCUCAUACUAUCUUCUAAAAGUAAAGAGGAGCUGCCCUUCAUGUGGCCCAGAGCCUGGGGGUGAAGAGAAGAAGGGUAGAGGGAACCCUAUUUCUGUCCAAUUGUUCCCCCCAGAGCUGGUGGAACAUAUCAUCUCAUUUCUCCCAGUCAGAGAUGUAGUUGCCCUAGGCCAGACCUGCCACUACUUCCACGAAGUGUGCGAUGCUGAGGGCGUUUGGAGACGCAUCUGUCGCAAGCUCAGUCCUCGCCUACGAGAGCAGGGUUCUGGGGUCCGGCCCUGGAAGAGAGCCGCCAUUCUUAACUACACAAAAGGCCUAUAUUUCCAGGCAUUUGGGGGCCGCCGCCGCUGUCUCAGCAAGAGUGUAGCCCCUCAGCUAGCCCAUGGCUACCGCCGUUUCUUGCCCACCAAGGAUCACAUCUUUAUUCUUGACUAUUCCGGAACCCUCUUUUUCCUCAAAAAUGCCCUGGUCUCCUCCACCCUUGGCCAGAUCCAGUGGAAGCGAGCCUGCCGCUAUGUUGUAUUAUGUCGAGGAGCCAAGGAUUUUGCCUCAGACCCAAGAUGUGACACAGUUUACCGUAAAUACCUCUAUGUAUUGGCCACUCGGGAGCAGCUAGAAGUGGUAGGCACAACCGGCAGCCGGGUCUGUGACUGUGUGGAGGUCUAUCUGCAGUCCAGUGGACAGCGUGUCUUCAAAAUGACCUUCCACCACUCCAUGAGUUUCAAACAGAUUGUGCUGGUUGGUCAGGAGACUCAGCGGGCUCUACUCCUCCUCACAGAGGAAGGGAAGAUCUACUCUUUGGUGGUAAAUGAAACUCAGCUGGACCAACCACGCUCCUACACAGUUCAGCUGGCUCUGAGGAAGGUGUCCCGUUGCCUGCCUCACCUGCGUGUGGCCUGCAUGGCAUCCAACCAGAGCAGUACUCUAUACAUUACGAAUGAGGGGGGAGUAUAUUUUGAGGUGCAUACCCCAGGGGUGUAUCGUGAUCUCUUUGGGACCCUUCAAGCCUUUGACCCCCUGGACCAGCAGAUGCCACUUGCUCUCUCACUGCCUGCCAAGAUCCUAUUCUGUGCUCUUGGCUACAAUCACCUUGGCUUGGUGGAUGAAUUUGGCCGAAUCUUUAUGCAGGGAAAUAACAGAUAUGGGCAGCUGGGAACAGGGGACAAAAUGGACCGAGGGGAACCGACACAGGUACAUUAUCUGCAACACCCCAUUGCCCUGUGGUGCGGCCUCAACCACUCCCUGGUGCUGAGCCAGGGCUUGGACUUCAGCAAGGAGCUGCUGGGCUGUGGCUGUGGGGCUGGAGGCCGCCUCCCCGGCUGGCCUAAGGGGAGCGCCUCCUUCGUCAAACUCCACGUUAAGGUCCCUUUGUGUGCCUGCUCCCUCUGCUCUACCAGAGAGUGUCUCUACAUGCUGUCCAGCCAUGACAUUGAGCACCAUCCUGCCUACCGAGACCUACCAGCCAGCAAAGUGGUGGGGACCCCAGAACCCAACCCAGGGUCUGGAGUACUCCAGGACCCUGGGGGGACAGCUUGGGCCUGUAAGGAGUACCUCAGCCAGAUCCACAGUUGCCCCACAUUGCAGGACCGCAUGGAAAAGAUGAAAGAGAUCGUGGGCUGGAUGCCCUUGCUGGCUGCACAGAAGGAUUUCUUUUGGGAGGCUCUGGACAUGCUACAGAAGGCUGCUGGAGGGGUUGGCCAAGGCCCCCCAACCCCUGAGAGCUGACCCCACCCCCUCUCCUAGUCUCCCCCCUGGAGGGAGAGUCUGGCUUUGUGCCAAAGGCUAAGGAGGGAUGGAAUGGUAGCAAUGAAC